AUGAUCUUAACGGCCCAUAUCUCUCCCUACUUCCUCUUCACCCAGCCCACCAGCCUUUCUUUUAUUUCACUAGCUGCGUGGUUGCAGCCUCUACGUUCAGCCGACCAUCGUCGCCUGCUUGAGCUUGACGACUUGGCUUCUACUACUAGCUGCGACAUGUCCAUUUCUCAGAUGGCAAAUCUACUAGCAUCUGGGCUGCUGAGACAGGCUCUCGAUAAAGCUUCUGGCAGAUCGGAGGAGACCAGGAUGCUUUCUCUUGCAAAGCCAGGUUAG